GCUUGCCGAUGUUACCAUUACUGGGGUCCCUGCUACACAUGCAAGGUAUAUCGCUAAGGGGUUUACUACGCAAACUUAAGAAAGAGUAUGGCAACAUGGCAAGCUUUGGCGUCUUUGGCACCGGGGUGGUGUUGGUCAGCAAGAUGUCCAUAAUAAAGGAAGUCUACUCACACAAGGCGUCUGCAGGCCGCCGCCGAUGAUCUUGGGUGCCACAAGAAACUACUUACUGAGCGACGGGAAAGAAGGUGAUUUGGGCCUUCUUGGAGGCACCGGCCCUCACUGGGUAGAACUGCGCAGGUUCCUACUGCGCCAUCUGCGGGACUUCGGGAUUGGCAAGACCAGCUGCGAACCCAUGAUCAGGGCCGAGGUGGAAGAGCUGCUGGAGCACAUCAAGAACCAGAAUGGUCAACCCAUCGUCAUGGAGCAUCUCUUUCAUCGGUCUGUAUUAAACGUCCUAUGGGGAAUGGUGACGGGAUCCAGGUUCAAAUACGGUGACAAGAAAUUAGCCAAGACCCUUGAAAGCUUCGUGAAGUUGGCCGAUAUUAACCUGGUCAGCAUCAUCUUCUUCAUCCCCGGGGUGGUCAAGGCCAUGAUGUACCUGCCAAUGCUUGACAGGUUCGUCAAGCCCAUCGGCAACAUCUGCAAAUUCAUCAGGGAAGAAAUCGAAAAUUACAGAAGCAAGAAAGACUGGGAGAAUAUUCAUUCUCUCCUGACUCUUUAUCUGACAGAAAUGAAGAAAUAUAAUGGGGACCAUCCAAUCUUCAACGAGCACCAGUUGAGAGCGGUGAUGUUUGAGAUGUUUGCGGCGGGGAUGGCGACCACCGCGAGCACCCUGACCAUGGGGAUGUACCUGGUGGCCAAGCAUCCAGACGUCCAGCAGCGAGUCCAUCAGGAACUGGACGAGGUCAUCGGCAGGGAGAGAUUACCUUGCUACGCCGAUCUGGAAUCGCUGCCCUACACACGAGCCACUAUACACGAGGUGCAGAGGGUCUUGAACCUCAUAGCUUUCGUUGUUCACUGUGCACUGGAAGAUUGCAACUUCGAAGGCUAUGACAUUCCCAAAGGUAACUUUUUGUCUUAUGGCAAGUACUCACAGGUGGUUGAGGGUACUGCUAGUACUGGCAAGUACUCACAGGUGGUUGAGGGUACUGCUAGUGCCAGCAAGUACUCCACAGGUAGUGUUGAGGGUACUGCUAGUGACCGCAAGUACUCACACGUGUGUGUUGAGGGACGGUAUGCAUUGGCCAACAUGGAGGACGCCAUGACGGACCCGAAGUUAUGGAAGAAUCCUGAUGAGUUUGACCCAAACAAUUUCCUCGACGAUAAUGGCAAAUACGUAAAGAAUGGGGCCUUUGUCCCAUUUGGAAUAGGGAAGCGGCAGUGUGUCGGUGAAGCUCUGGCUCGCAUGGAGGUCUUCGUCUUCCUCUCCAGCCUCUUCCAGAAAUUCACCUUCACCCUAGUGGGGGAAGAGGUCCCACCUGGCAACCUCUACACUUUCAACGCUCCCGUCGAGUUCAAUGCUGUAGCUCACGUGAGACCGCAUCUGUAGGGCCUACCUCCUCCUGCGUGACAACUACACCGUGACAGAGAUCUCUCUACGAAUUCUGAAUUAUGGCAAUAUUGUCAACGAAUACUUCUGUAAAGUCCUAUAAACUAAAGUCCCAUAAUCAAAGCCAUCAUAAAGUCGCAUAAUCUAAGGCGGUUUCUAUAAUGUCUUCUUAAAAAUUUACAGCGUAUUAACUGCUUUUCUACAUCUACAAUAUGGCAAUAAGUUAAUAUUUGAUGUUAUAAUAGCUCUUGCAAGGCUUUGUUUCCUAAAAAAAAAAAAGAACAAAAGAUAGCUGACUUUCCACUCACUUUACUGAUCGACAACAACACAAACAGAGGAAAGUUGACGUCCAACUUUACUCAUCUAAAACAACAGGAACAUCAGACAUAUUGAUGUCCCACUUACCUUGUUGAUCCAGAACAACAGGAACAUCAGACAUAUUGAUGUCCCACUUACCUUGUUGAUCCAGAACAACAGGAACAUCAGACAUAUUGAUGUCCCACUUACCUUGUUGAUCCAGAACAACAGGAACAUCAGACAUAUUGAUGUCCCACUUACCUUGUUGAUCCAGAACAACAAGAACAUCAGACAUAUUGACGUGCCACUCACAUUUUUGAUGCAAAAAUAAUGCAAACAAAUAAAGAGUUGAAGUUGGAGUGACAUCAGUGACC